AUGAUUUGUUCUCUUUUUCUAUUUUCUCUUAUUUUCUUCUCACCAAUCUCUGGAAAAUCAAAGUUCCAUUUCUAUGGAAAUCUGGGAUGCCCACUGGAUUGCUUCACUUAUCAUGUCGAGGUUUGGGAGGAGGAUUUUUUUGAGAAAUCCGAUGACCUUCUCACAAAUCAGACUGAAACUUGCUCGUUCCGUCCACACAAGUAUCAAGUUAGUGCAGAGGAUACCGAUGAUGGGUUAGACUUUUUGAGAAAAUUCGAGAUCUACAUGGUAAUCUAUCACAACUGCACCAGGACAGGAUCUAUCAAAAAAUUCAGAUAUAACUGGGGAAAAUAUAAUAUUGAUGUUCAUGAAGUCAACGAAUCGAAGGAUUUGGAUUUGGGCGAUCAAGGCGAGGAAGUUUGA